GCGUAUUUAAUACCUUGAUAUGGCACUACAACAUCGUAGUUGGUAAACACUUGUACGACGUGUAUAAAAGGAUUGUUGAAUUGUUUCAACUAGUUAUUAUUUUUGGACAAUUUUAACAUGGAACUAGACAAACUUCAGCAAGAAAAAUUUACAAAUAUCUUUAGAAAAAGAUACAUAACAGUUAAUGGUUUUACACUUUCUGAAAGAUACGGCGAUCUGAAACAAGAAUUAGAUAACUUGGAAGUAAGCGAAAAUGAUGUCUGGAUUUGUACGUUUCCCAAAGUCGGAACAACAUGGACUCAAGAAAUGGUGUGGAUGAUCUUAAACAAUCUUGACUUUGAAGGUGGCAACGUGUCUUUAGACUACCGUAGUCCGUUUGUAGAGUUUUCAAUUAUCUAUGACGACAGAGAGUGGCACGAAAAGAAUCCGGAAGAAAAUAAUCUUCCACCAUUCUUACAUGAUUCUAUUGGUUAUUAUAAAAGUUUACCGAGCCCAUUGGUUGUCAAAACGCACUUACCUUUAGACUUGUUACCAAUGCAGAUAAAAGAUGGUGUAAAAAAACCAAAGAUAAUUUAUGUAGCCCGUGACUCUAGAGACGCAUGCAUUUCUUAUUACCACCAUUCGAGGUUAAUAGAAGGAUUUAAGGGUAACUUUGAAGAAUUCUGUGAAUUAUUUUUGGCUGGAAAAGUGAUGUAUGCACCUUUCUGGAAACACGUUUUGCCAUUCUGGAAUUUACGAAAUUCCCCAAACGUACUCUUUAUAAAAUACGAAGACAUGAAGAAUGACAUAAGUGGAGUUAUUCGACAAGUGACUAAAUUUUUGGGUCGUUCUUUGAGUGAACAACAAGUGAAAAUUCUGAGCAAACACCUUAGUUUUGAGUCCAUGAGCAAAAAUAACGCUGUAAAUAAAGAAUUUCUUGGUGAAAUUAACAAAAAACUUAAAUUAACCGACGACUUUGACGGAAGAUUUAUGAGAUCCGGGAAAGCUGGAGAUCACAAAACCACAAUGACGACAGAUAUGUUAAAGAGAUUUGACGAGUGGAUCAGAAGCAAUAUACAAGAUAGUGACUACAUUAUUUAGUUUUAGGAACUAGUUUAGAAAAUAAAAAUUUGUUGUUAUACAGUGAUAGUAAUACGAAAGCAUCAUAAAUUUAUGAAAUUUUGUUUAGUAUGAAGAAAAUUUAUUUAGUUUAAAAAUAUUUUUGCGCCUAUGAUAAUAUGGAACGAUUUUAAAUCAUUAAAUCGUAUUAUUUAUAAAGUAAAGAACGAAUUUGUAUCAAUUUUAGCUCUGGAGUCCAUCUUUCCAUAAACAUUAUAAACGCUUAUUAGUUUUUUCUGUAUGCGUAUACGUAUAUAUACAUGCAUACUUUUCAGUUGCGCAAUAAUAUUUCUUGAAACGUGUACUUAGUUAGAUAAAGAAAUGUUCAGAUGAGAAGACGUUUGCACAAUUAAACAGGUCAAACGAUUUUAUGUGUUGUAAAGUUCAAUUUAAGAUAUGAGAAAUAUAUUUGAUACGGAAACCAA